AUGCGUAUCGCACGUUGGCUCUUGGGUGGAGGCCGCGAACAUGUCGGCCUCAUUCUAGGCAAUGACGCAUCUGGCAAAACAACAUUUCUAUACAGACUCAAGUUCGGGGAAGCUGUACAGGCCCUUCCAACAAUUGGCUUUAACGUCGAGACUAUCGACCAUCCCGAUGGAGAGAAAGUCACCCUCUGGGACGUUGGAGGCUGCGAUGCUAUCCGCCCUCUUAUACGACACUACAUGACCCAAGAUCGCUUCCUAAUCUUCAUCCAAAGCUGCACCGACACAGACCCCGAUCGCGUUGAGUUCUCACUCGAGUAUCUCCGCAUGGGGAUGAACAUGAUGCUUGAAUACGGAGCAAAACACGUGUUUAUCAUCUUCAACAAACAAGAUCUCCUCUCAGACGAAGAACGACCAAAAACCGUAAAAGAUUUGAAAACCAAGAUUGAAGCUGAGAUCAAACCAUACGCUGAUAAGCUCGAUAUCAAGAUCUUGGAUACUCCUGGCCUAAGUGCCCUUUGGGGCUGUCAGGCGUAUAACGUCAUGGAUGAGAUACGAAAGACCCUAACACCGAAGAAUGCAGCGAAUGACACAAAGGCUGAGAUCGAGCUGAGGGAGAAGGGGCCGAGUGAAGAGGAGCUUCGCAAUAAGAUCAGAACGGCUAAUGCUGAGAGUGCCAAUGCAAGCACCUUCUGGAAGUCGUUUCUAGAUGGGACUUUGGAGGCGUGGGAUCACUACACUCAUCUCAGAGCAGGCUUCUUCGUCAUGCAUGAUUGUUUUGGACGAGGCUUGGGACUCUUGGAGUGUGCUGAUGAAUUCAUGAAGCAUUUGAAUCGCCUGCGGGAGGGAAUCCCUGAGAGGUUCCGCAACACAGCGCACAAAACAAUGACCAUAUUCUGGCUUCACCAGAUCCAAGUCGCUGCAAUAGAAUACCAAGCACACUCACUCGACAAGUUCCCCUCGCGAGAGGACUAUGCCGACAUCGUCUUCUCAGCGCCUCAUCUCAUGAACUCAGGCCUCUGGAGAACAUACUACUCCAAGGACCUAUUGUUCUCGCAACUAGCUAGGAAUAACUAUAGUCUUCCGGAUUUACAGCCUCUUCCUACGAUUAAGCAGGUCACUUCUGCGCCUUUGCAAGAGAAAGUCACAAACUAUGUUGAUCGACUGCCCCGGUUUGCGUUCUCGGUAGUUCAAAAGACUCUCUCGUCGAAGCUUAGACGGGGAGGGGUUGUCAAACAGGCCCUUGAAGCACUACAGUCUUCGACGAUGCGGUUGAGAGCUUCGGAUUCUUCGGUUCCUCCGUAUUCAGAGACACAGGCGUAUUUCUGGAUUCAGAUCAUCCACGCUUAUACCCGCUCUUUGGAGGUUGAAUCGUCCCAAAGCCAAUUCACCACUUACGAGGCGUUCAAAUCCCUCUUCGGCAUCAACGGUGAUGAAUGGAAAGAGUAUUACUCCCAGUCAACAUGGGAGAGCAUCGCUGCUCGAAUGACAUUCGUCAACCCCGACAAGAAACCCCUCCCCAAUAUCUUCAACCUACCCUCACAAGCAAGAAAAGACCUCGCUAUCUCACAAAUGAUAAACGCCACAAACCACCGCUCAGCAAACACAGACCUCCCACCAUCCGAAGAUCUAGACUUCCUAGCAUCCAUCCUCAUCGACGAAGCAAAACUCAUCCCCGAGUCUGAACUCAACGUCGCCAGCCACGCGAGCCUCAUAACCUUCCUAUUCAACCGUCUAACACAAAAGACAAAAUCUGCCGCUACGAGCACAAAGCGCGGUGAUGCUUCGCUCGCGUCGUCGACGGCGCUGGAGAUUGCGAAGUGGACGGGUUUGACGCAGGCGAUGUUCUGGGUGCAGCAGAUCCAGGUUGCGCUUGCUGGGCGGAAGGAUAUGAGUUUUGAGGAGUUUAUUAAAGGGAAUUCGGUUUUGGCGUUUGAGGAGCUGCCGUUUGUGUAUUAUUCGCCGCAGCUGUGGGGGAGUGUUGAGGCGAGGGAUGGGUAUGUUAUGCCUGAUAGACGGAGGCUUUCUAGUAUUGUAACCGGGAAAGUCAGGCAGUGA